AUUUAUCACAAACAAACGAAAAGGAAAGUGCUACAGUAGUGAAAUCCAAAAAAUUUUCACAUCUAAACAAGACCUUGGUCUCUCUGCAGUUGGGGUCAGUAGCAGGUGGGCUUGCCAAACGGACGCCGACGGCGGAUGAGCCCGCCCAACGCCGCAAGCCGAGCACCUGUUCAAAGCACAGCAGCCAACCCGCCGGGCGCGCGAGCUCGCGGUGCGUUUCCUGCAUAAUAAAACCCGCCUCGCCCGGGCCGGAGGCCGGCACAAGUGGUGGGUCAACUCGCAACCGCAGACCAGAGCGCGGGGCCGCCUCCCCGGAGUCCGGAAGCGCCCAGACGCCGCCGUCGCUGUCGCCACCGCGCGCGGCUCGCCCGCGUCCACAAAAGCCGCCAGCGCCCGUGCGCCGAUGGAUCCUGCCGCGACGGCGGAUCCCGGCAGCUCUAGCUCCUCCACGCCCACGCUGCGGAAGCGGAGGAUCUCUGUAGACACGUCGCGAGAGACCGCGCCCAGGCCAGAGCCGGAGGAGGAGGGCUCGAUGGCGGCGUCCGCACCGGCUGCGGCGGCGGCGGCGGCGAGGAGGAGGGACCUGGAGGCGGCGGGCGAGCCGAUGAGCCCCGCGGGGCGGCUGUUCCGGGAGAAGCACUUCAACUGCUACAUCGUGGCCGUGAUCGGUCUGGGCACGGCGGUGGACGUCGCGGCGGCGCGCGCGGGGAUGGAGGCCACGCUCGUCCGCCACCCACGCUUCUCCAGCAUCCAGGUGAAGGAUGAUGAUGCGAGAAAGAACGCCAAGCCGCGGUGGGUGCGGACCACGGUGAACCUGGACGACCACGUCAUCGUCCCCUACCUGGACCCCGCCGCCACGUCGACCAAGCCGGACCAGGCCGUGGAGGACUACCUGUCCUGGCUGUCCACGGCGCCCAUGGACCACUCCCGCCCGCUCUGGGAGUUCCACGUCCUCAACUUCCCGACGUCCGAGGCCACCGCCACCGUCGCCAUCCGCAUGCACCACUCCCUCGGCGACGGCGUCUCGCUGCUGUCGCUGCUCAUCGCGUGCACCCGCAGCGCCGCGGACCCGGCGCGGCUGCCGGAGCUGCCGCCCGCGCCGCGCCGCGCCGGCCCCGUCUACGCUCGGCCGCGCCCGCCGCUCUCCGCGGGCUUCGUGGCGUUCGCGCUGUGGCUGUGGUCCUACGUCGUGCUCGCGUGGCACACGCUGGUGGACGUCGUGUGCUUCGUGGCCACGGCGUGGUUCCUGAGCGACCCGCGCACGCCGUUCAUGGCCGCGUCCGAGGGCGUCGAGUUCCGCCGCAAGCGCUUCGUGCACCGCACGCUCAGCCUCGACGACGUCAAGUUCGUCAAGAAUGCCAUGAAGUGUACUGUCAACGAUGUCCUGAUUGGAGUGACUAAUGCAGGGUUGUCGCGGUAUUAUUUCCGAAAGACCAGUGGUAGCAACAAUGAGGGGAAAAAAUCACAGAACAUUCGUGUCCGAUCUGCUCUUCUUGUUAACAUUAGGAGAGCCCCUGGUUUACAUGCAUUGACAGAAAUGAUGGCUUCUAGCAAGAACAAUGGGGCAAAAUGGGGGAACCUGAUUGGUUACAUGAUACUACCUUUCCAUAUAGCCAUGCACGAUGAUCCCCUUGAAUACAUCCGCCAAGGGAAAAGGACAGCUGAAAGGAAGAAGGCGUCAUUAGAAGCAGUUUUCACGUACUGGAGUGGGAACCUAAUAGUCAAACUUUUUGGCAUGAAGGCUGCAGCAGCUCUCUGCUAUGGUAUGUUCACAAAUACGACCCUGUCAUUCUCAAGCAUGGUUGGACCUGCUGAGAAGGUGGAGUUCUAUGGCCAUCCAAUCGUCUAUAUUGCUCCCUCUGUCUACGGGCAUCCACAUGCUCUGACUGUACAUUACCAAAGCUAUACGAACUCCAUCAAGCUUGUCCUCGCAGUGGAUGAUGCUCAGUUUCCAGACUCUCAUCAGCUUUUGGACGACUUUGCCGAGUCCCUGAGGCUCAUCCGUCAGGCAGCUUCGAAAGAUGACAAAAAGAAACUAGACCAACAUUCCUUUUUCGGUACAAUGUAGGUUGUUGAUGACAACACACAAAGAAAUGCUGAACAACAUGUCAGGAACUUGAUCGUCUGGUUACCUGAUUGGGGACUACAUAAACUUUCAAGAAAUCGCUAGAGAGGCAGUGCAAAUUGUAAAGUGUAAGACUAGUAUGUAUAUCAAUAUUGUUCAACCAACUGUGGUGGAAUCACAAAAUGGAUAUUAUGCGAAGGAAUUCAACAUCAA